AUGGCGAAGACAUUCAAAUUCAGGCUGCUUCAAUCCACUCCCUAUUAUGCUCAAGCUAACGGGCAGGCAGAAUCAAGCAACAAGGUAAUCAUCAACAUUAUCAGAAAAAUGCUUGAGAAGAAUCCAAAGCAGUGGCAUGAGAAGUUGUCAAAAACUCUAAUUGACACCCUCAAUAAACUCCUGGCAGGAAAGCAAGCUGUGUCAAGGGCUUAUAACAAAAGAGUCAAGAACAAGAAUUUUGAAGAGGGAGAGAUAGUCUGGAAAGCGGUUCUGCCCCUUGGAACACAUGUGGCUGGUUAUGGAAAAUGGUCACCCACAUGGGAAGGCCCUUUCAUAAUCAAUCAGAUCCUUGGAAUGGGGGCAUACAGGUUGCAGGAUCGAGAGGGGGAAGUUCACGCUGCCCCAAUCAAUGGCAAAUGGUUGAAAAAGUUUUUCCUAACUAUGUGGGACCCACAAGCCAUACAGACAGAUCCCGGGAUAGAGAAGGAACAACACUGA